GCUGACGUGGGAAGUGGACCGCGAUGGCUGACACCAAAGGAGACGUUGCUACAGCCGAGGCGCCUAAUUUCAAUCAGAUGGGCGGCAGUGCGGCUCCGCAGCCCAACAAUCCGCUGUCGAGGAAACUUAAUAAGAUCCUGGAGACCAGGCUGGACAAUGACAAGGAGAUGCUGGAGGCCCUGAAGGCGCUGUCUGUCUUCUUCACGGAGAACACCCUUCGCACCAGGAGGAACCUGCGAGGGGACGUGGAGAGACGCAGCCUGUCCAUCAACGAGCACUUUGUACAAGUGUUUAAAGAAGUGAAGGAGGAGCUUGAGAGUGUGAAUGAGGAUGUACAAGCCAUGAGUGCCUGCUGUCAAGAGAUGACUAAUAGACUCAAGGCUGCCAAAGAACAAACCCAGGACCUGAUAGUGAAAACCAACAAGCUGCAGGGAGAGAAUCACCGGCUGGAGGUUCGAGCACAGGUGGCCCAGGUGUUCCUGUCGAAAUUCCAGCUGUCCAGCAAGGAGAUGGCAAUCCUGCGAGUGGCCAGAGACGGCCCUGUCACAGAGGAGUUCUUCAAUGCCUUGAGAAGGGUGAAGCAGAUCCAUGAGGAUGUGAAAAUUCUACUGAGGACCAACCAGCAGACAGCAGGCCUGGAGAUCAUGGAGCAGAUGGCAGUGCUGCAGGAGACAUCCUAUGAGCAGCUGUACCGCUGGGCACAGAACGAGUGUCGAGGCCUGACCCAGGAGACCUGUGACAUCACCCCUGUGCUGAGCCAGGCCAUGGAAGCACUACAGGAUCGACCAGUCCUGUACAAGUACACUCUGGAUGAGUUUGGAACGGCACGAAGGUGUGCUGUGGUGCGGGGUUUCAUCGAUGCCCUGACCCGUGGUGGACCUGGUGGGACUCCAAGACCCAUAGAGAUGCACUCCCACGACCCACUGAGGUAUGUGGGAGACAUGCUAGCUUGGCUCCACCAGGCCACUGCCUCAGAGAAGGAGCAUUUGGAGGCCCUGCUGAAGCAGGUCACUUUGCCAGGGGUGGAGGAAAACAUGCAGGAGAUUGUGGGCCACAUUACUGAAGGAGUGUGCAGACCCCUGAAGGUGCGCAUUGAGCAGGUGAUUGUGGCCGAACCCGGAGCUGUCCUACUGUACAAGCUGUCCAACCUUAUCAAGUUCUACCACCACACAAUCAGCGGUAUAAUAGGCACGGGUGCCGCAAGCCUGCUCGUCACCAUGGAAGAAAUGCACGUGCUCAGCAAGAAGAUGUUCUUCAACAGCUUGAGUCUCCACGCCAGCCGACUUUUAGAUAAGGUGGAACUGCCGCCCCCUGACCUGGGCCCCACCAGCUCCCUCACCCAGACGCUGUCCCUGCUGAGGGAGGUGUUGGCCUCGCACGACUCCUCUGUGGUCCCGCUCGAUGCCCGGCAGGCCGACUUUGCCCAGGUUCUGUCCUGCAUUCUGGAUCCGCUGCUGCAGCUCUGUACAGUGUCUGCCAGCAACCUGGGCACUGCUGACAUGGCCACCUACAUGGUCAACUCCCUGUACAUGAUGAAGACCACGCUGGCGCUCUUUGAGUUCACUGACAAGCGGCUGGAGAUGCUUGAGUUCCAGAUCGAAGCCCAUCUGGACACCCUGAUCAAUGAGCAAGCCUCGUACGUACUCACGCGGGCAGGACUCAGCUACAUUUACAACUGCGCGCAGCAGCACUCGGCGGAACAGGGUCCUCUGUCCAACGUCCCUGGCAUGGACAGCUCGUCACUGAAAGCUGCAAUGGUGCAGUUUGACCGCUACUUAUCAUCACCCGACACUCUAGUGAUGCCACAACUCAACUUCCUGCUCAGCGCUACAAUUAAGGAGCAGAUCUUCCGCCAGUCCACAGAUCUAGUUCGCCGAGCCUACGGGGAGGUGUAUGCCGCCGUGAUGGACGUGGCCAAUGAGUAUAAGGAGCCGGAAACAGUGUUGCACAGGACUCCGCUACAAGUGCAAACCCUGCUGUCCUGAGGGACCCUGGCUUCAUGCAGCAAGGACCCAUUGACACACAUUGAGGACACAAUCCUCAUCUUUCAUUUCUGCCUUUGAGUGAAGCUACGAAAGGUCCUGUUUCUGGGAUGGCUCUCUCAGCGUGAGGAGCUGGUGUUGGCACAUUUGUGAUAGGAUCGAAGGGGGCAUGAACUGGACGCAGCUGAAGAAUACUGUGUGUGUGUGUGUGGUUUGAACGCUGUUUAUCUGAUUGCUCGGUGUCAGUCUUGCAGGAUUAUGAGUUAAGGGGGAUGCUGUUUGCCAGGUGAAGGGGAAGUUUUGGGCACUUUUAGUUUUUCUAAAUCGGCAGUGACCGUGAAGCUGAUUCCAAAUAGGGGACCGCAGACGAGCCACCCACUGUCUCCAGUCUUUAAUCAGAAACAGAUCUCCCUUUUUCUCAUUAAAUUUUUUUUUUUUCCCCCUUCUGUUAACCACUUUGAAAAUGUCCAAAUGUUUUAAAAAUGUCCAAAUGUGCGUGUGCGUCUUCCAUCUCGUAUGCAUGCGUGUGCGCAUUUUCCUUCAAAGAGAUGGUUAAAUGAAAUUUUGUGGGAGCUUGGGCGGAGCUGGGACCAUUUGGGGGGGUUGGGAGGGGGACAGCUGGGUGCAUUCCCUCGGACAAUGGCGCUUUCAUGUUGGCGGCCCGCUUCGCCAGUCACGCCAUCCUCUAAUUGCAGGAGAACUCUGCCAGCCUUCAUUCGCCAGCUAAAUUUAGAGGGGGGAGCACCAAAUAGUGGAGAAGAAGAUUUUGGGGUCGGCGAGGGGGGGGAACGAUACUGCCUUCGGGCUAUUAAUAGACCUCACAGCUUGAGACGAUGGGGGGGGGGGAAGGAUCUGAAUUGCUCAUUCUUUUUCCAGUGAUAAGGGAGGCGGCAGGGCGUAGCGACUGCGGUCGGCAUGUUGACGUGGCUGCAAAUGGGACCGCUUGUCGUCCUCCAGAAACUCAUGAUCCGUCACCGCCACGUGCUGCUGUGUCCACCAGCCGUCCAUCUCAUCCCCGUGCUCAUGCAGCUCGUAUUUUACAGUUGUUUAUGCAGAGGCAUGCUCUUCAUUAAAGCAAACUGAUGACACAAACAGCAGUGGUUCAUCCUUACUGUGCCAGUCAUUUUAAUAGUUAUUAUAUGACGCGAGUUUCAACCUGAGGCUUGAUUCAAUAUUUUUGACGUUAUAGUACCUCGAGAAAAUGAAGUUUUAUCUUUUCAAAAAAGAAGUGCACACAAGCAGUUUUUUUUUUUUUUUUUGUGUGGAAAUUGCAGUCGUUGCUUGGUCAUUGUUCAGCCUACUGUGUUUUUGUGUUUCACAAGGCGUAAUUUGUCCGCUGGUCCAUUCAAUGGAAUUAAAGUGCGUUUAUGAAACACGCUUCCUAAUUAGUCCAGGCAAACACUUCAUGACCUGAAAAUGAACAGCUUGUUUUUGUUGUACCUUAACUAGUGCUCAUGCACAAUGCCAUCUACUGUACGUAUACCGUUCAAGUUAUAACUUAACGUAGUUUAUGCCAUUUCGGACCUAGUAACACCACCCGUUAGAAUCAGAGUUAACAGUCCAAUUAAUCGAUAAUGCGGAUAACUUGUUUCACUUUGUGUAUUCUUAUGUGAUAUUUAGAGGUGAAAAGAUGGGGUUGACAGUUUCUGCCAAUUUUGGAGAAGCCUAGCAGCCAUAACUCACGUGUCUGUGUUGGGUGGGGUGUUAAUAGGGCAACAAAAAACAACACGAAAGGAGAAUCUGUUUUGUGUAGACCCUUGCUUCAUGAAAAAGGCACUAGUCACCAGUUUCCCCUAGAUGCCUAGGAUCACCAACAAGACGAAAUAAUGUCCUCAGAGCCAGAAGGACAGUAGGGUCCUUAGUUUCAGAGACGGCUGGGUCCGUUAGAACUUAUUCACCAGAGGACAGAUGAGGGCGUGAAUAGUGUGGUCAUUUAAGGACAUGAACUGGUAACCUUCUAGGUACACAUCUAAAUGUCAGGGGAUUCCUGCUAUAAGUAGGAUGGAGCCAAAUACCUAAGCUAAAUUACUCCAGUAAAAACAUCCUGUGUAAGAAUAGACAGUUAUCAGUUGCUACAUAAUAAUAAUAGUAAUAAUAAAACCAUAAAGGAAGAAAACAGAGGGAAGAAUAGACAAAACCCCGCUGCAAACAGGUAAGCCUGACGCUGGUCCAGGGUGGACGAUGUUUACGCUCGGCCGUGUUUUUCAGCGUCUCCAUUCUGUUGAACCUCUUUUCCUAUUUUGAGCCAUUUACAUAGCUGCAGUUACGGUGUUUUGCUCACUUUUUAAGACCUUCGUUUGCAAAAAAAAAAAAUAAAAAAAUCAGGCCCCUGUACAGAGGUUGCCAAGAAAGUUAUUUUGCUCAAAGUCAAAACCUGUCUCAGUUGAAUCACAGGAAAGGGCCUGCGAAGAGUUUUGCUCCAGUGCUGCACUUGCAGCCUUGGUCCAAAACACGUUUGCGUGCUCCUCAGUUAAAUACAGCCCAUGCCGUACGUGAAGUUUCUUAGUAUGUUUGCGGCCGUUUAUUUUUCCGUCCUUUGUAAAUGGGGGGUUAUCUGGUUGUUUCCAGUUGUAACAGGACAUCAAUUGAAAUCCAUCGCACGAAAAUAAGCAAAUACAACGUUCCCCCACAUUCACACCCUGGGAAAACAAAUGAUCCAUCUGGACUGGGGCAGAUCCGUAACCUUUUGUAUGUUGGGACAGCUGCUGAAUUGAUCCCUCUACAGGUUGGGUCACCCACGCAGCAGGUCAGCGAGAAGGAUUUGGAAAUUGGACUGAAAUUGCUUGUGACUCCGAGACCGCCUUGCACUUUCUCCAACUGUGUGGGGAAGCACCGAGAUAGACGGCAGCGCUGUGGCCGUGUUGUCCCACAAUGCAUCCUGAGAACAGAUAACAUUACAGGUACGAUGCUCAUAGCUCCUUCACCUGUCGAUCCUGUAAGAACCUUAUCUUUUCGUUGUUUUGAGGUUGGAUCCUUGUCUUUCUCUUAAGGCAAUGUUUGUUGUAUUUAAUUACAUGCAUUACGCUAAAAUGUGUGUUUUACGAAACCUUUUAAGUGCUUCUACUCUUGCAUAUUUGCUUUUAGUUUAGGCUUUGUUUUCAUUUCCAUUUAUUCAUUGAGUAAAUUCAUUGAGCUUUUCUCC